AUGGCAUGCUUCUUGGUACUGAAGAGACUACUACUUGGGCCUUCCCCGCCAUCUACCCAGGACCGCCUCCGGAAGAGGCUUGAGCAACGCCACCUGCUGUCGGACGAAGGCGAGAGCAGCCUGCAAAACGGCCAGGGCCGCAGACUCCUCGAUUUGGAGGCGCAGACUUACGACACCUUUGAUGACAACGCCAGCAACGCCUCGACUCGCUCCCGCAUCAACCCAAGGAUCAUCUCCGAUGCCAUCUUGGGUCUUUCUGACGGCUUGACCGUUCCGUUUGCUCUCAGUGCAGGUCUUUCGGCUCUGGGCAAUACCAAAGUCGUCGUGCUCGGUGGUCUUGCAGAGCUUGCAGCAGGAGCUAUUUCGAUGGGCCUUGGCGGAUAUGUAGGAGCCAAGAGCGAGAUGGAAUCUUACCAGGCUACCAGACGCGAGACUGAAGAGUUAAUCGAUGGCGCGCCAGAGGAGACUGCCACGCGCGUUCGCCAGGUCUUCGCUGAAUUUGGAGUCCCGGAGAGCGUCGUGGAGGAUAUCAGCAACAAACUGCACGAUUCACCGAACCUACUCAUGGGCUUUCUCCUGAAAUUCCACCACGGCGAAGCAGAGCCAAACUGUAACCAGGCCUGGAUCUCCGCGAUCACUCUUGCCUUGGGUUACUUUGUUGGCGGUUUCAUCCCCUUGAUCCCAUACUUUUACAUUGACAAGGUCUUGGUGGCUCUUUACUGGAGUAUUGGCGUCAUGGGCGUCACGCUCCUCGUCUUUGGAUACAUCAAAACCUGCAUCGUUCGCGGCUGGUACGGUAGGGACAACAUUAUCGCCGGCAUCAAGGGCGGACUUCAGAUGAUCUUGGUUGGAGGUUUGGCUGCCGGGGCCGCGAUUGCGUUAGUGCGUGCUAUUGAUCAAGGGGCCGGGUAA